AUGAGGAAAAUACCGAAAAAGCCUAAAGGAAAAGGCAAAAGAUGGGCAAAAGGACACAGUUGUAGUAGUAACCCUGAAUCAAAAAAAUUUAGGGAAGCUGCUAAAUCAAGAUUUUUUCGACAUGAAGUCGGUUCCAGUGCUCUUACAAUUGGAGCUCUCAAAACGUUAGAUGCGUUUAAUAAUAGAAAACCUGAAAAGAAAACUUCAACUAUUGAUGGUGAAUCAAUGGAAACAAGUACUGUUGAUUCCUGGACAUCAGCAAAAACCUUUAAAACUUUUGCCAGCGACUGGAGUAAUUGCUCUAACAUGUCAUUUAAUAGGUUACUAAAUAAAUUUGAACCGAAUUCAUUUCUACAUAAGGAAAUGUUAGCAGUUCUGGCAGCAGUUACGGAAGUCAUUAAAGCAGAAGGUGGUAAAGAAUCAUCAACAGAGUAUUUUGCAGCUUUGAUUACAACUCUGGGAGUCACCGAAGCUGAAGAAACUGUAGCUGCUAUUUUAUCUCUACUUGCUAUGGGAAUUAAAUCAGUACCAAGUGAAGUUCUUAAAGUUAAAUUUUCUGAAACGUCAAAAAUAUUUCUAGACCUUAUGGCAAAAUAUUCUGAAGUUGAAAAUCCUGUUAUUUUGAGAACAGUUAUCGGUUGUUUAUCAGUCAGUUUAAGAGCUCAAGAUCCAGGAGUUUGGUCUUAUCCAUCCACCCAUCAAAUUUUUCAUUCAGUUUUAAUUUUUUCAACUCAUUCAAAGCCAAAGGUUAGAAAAGCAGGUCAACAUGCUGUGUGUGCAAUUUUAAAAGCAUCUGCUCAUUUUACCGGGGAUAAGUGUCAUCCGGCAGCUGAAACUACGGCUAAAUACUGCUUAGAACAAUUAGAAAGUGGUUUAGUUUCAGGAGGGAACACAAUUAUACUUCACAUUUUGACAUUGUUAAAAGAAGUUAUAGGUUGCUUUUCUAGGCAUUACAUAAAGUCAACUUGUGAAACUCUGCUAAAAUUAAUGACUUUGGGUACACCAAUAGUAACCUCUUGCAGUUUAGAAGUUCUUCAUAAUUUGUUCAUAUCUGCGCUUCCUACACGUUUCGACUCGGUUUUGAAUGCCAAGUUACUAAAUGCACUUUAUGAUUAUCAACCAUCAACCAACGAUACUCAAGCUACUGUAGCAUGGUUGACUGUUAUGCAAGAAGCUCACAAAGCAUUAGCAAAGACAGAUGCUUUGCUCUGUGGUGAAAACUUGGGAAAGUUUUUUGUUACUGCUACAAAUUUAUGGUUAUGUGAUAAAGCGUAUAUUUUACAAGGAGCCACUACUUGCCUUCGAACUGUCGCAAUGGAUUGUUUAAAAGCUUGUAAGAAUUCUGUCAGGUAUUCUCAAAUUUGUCAAAAUGUUUUUACAGUAGUGGAAAACUGUCUUAAAUAUCAAUUUAACAAUGCCUGGGUUCAAGUUUUCACUUUACUCGGUGUAUUAUACGAGGUUAUUGGAAAAGAUGGAGAAGAAUACAUUGGAAACUCUUUAAGAACAUUAGGAAACUUGAGAGAAUCGUUUAACUUUUUGUAUGUGUCAGAAUUGGAUUACACGAUAGGUAAAGCGAUUAGAUCUUUGGGUCCAGAAAUGGUUUUGAAAUAUAUUCCUAUUGUUAUCACGGGAGAAGAAGUAAAUUUCGAAUUCAAAACGUGUUGGUUGUUGCCAAUUUUAAAAGAUAACAUUCAAGCAUCGAGUCUUAAAUUUUUCAGCGAAUAUUUUCUUCCAAUGGCUUUGAUAUGCGAUAAGAAAUCUAAAGAAUUGAACGAGAGAAACGAAAAAAUUGGAGGACACAGUUAUGAUUUAUUACAACUUCAAAUCUGGUCUCUUCUCCCUGCUUUUUGCAACGGAUCCGAUGACGUAAAGGAAAAUUUUAAAAUCAUUGCUAGAAUUAUUGGAAAUGUGAUUGAGGAGAAAAAACACGUUCGAAUUCACGGGAUGGCGGGUUUAAGAAAACUAAUCACGCGAAAUCAAAUGCUCAAAAAUGAAGAAAAUUUAAAGGAAUUAAGUAAAUAUGCAAAAAAUUAUCUUCCCAUUUUAUUUAAUUUUUACGUGAAGAAACCCAUCGGUACUGACGAAUGCGGAGAACGUUUAGCAGCUUACCAAACGAUUGGGGUUUAUUUGUCGAUAACCAACAGGGAUCAAUGCGGUGAAAUCUACGAUAAAACAUUAAAGAAAAUGGAAGAAUUGGAAAAAGAGGAGGUUUUCAUUAAAGAUUCAUUAAUGGAUAUUCUCAAGUUAUUAAUUCCUUAUCAAAAUAAUGAUAGAUUAGAUGUGACGUAUCAAAUGUGUAUAAAAUCGUUAGAAGAAGCGAAAUCUAAAAAAGAAGAAAAAAAAUUUUAUAGGCUACUAGAAGUUAUCAUAUCGUCCGAUUCCGAAACGUGCAAAAAAUUUACGGAGGAAAAAAGAAAGGAAAUGUUUUCGUUCGUGUUAAAAUCGAUAAAAAAUGCCAAAGCUCCGAAUAGGGGAGCACGUUUAAGGUGCAUAUAUCAUUUGAUUAAAAAUUUACCCAAGAAUCAAUACAACACGAUAAAAGCCGUCGUUCCGGAAGCGAUAAUUUGUUGCAAAGACAUAAACAAAAACACGAGGCUCAUAGCUUUCCGUUUAUUGGAAGAAAUGUUUUACAUCAGCAAGUCGUGGUCUAGCAAAACGCAGGAAGAAACGAUAAAAUAUUACAUAUCGGUGAUAAUCGGUGGACUCGCGGGUACUCCGACUCUGACAAGUGCCACGAUAUUGGCCCUGGGAAAAAUGACUCGGGUUUUAAAAUCCGACAUGGGAACGGACAUGAUGGAAACGAUUUUACAAAAUGUCUGCCUACUGAGCAGUCUUCCCGACCGGGAAAUUGUCGGCUCCGCUUUGGAUUACGUUAAAAUAUUUUUGACGUCUUUUCAAAAGGAUCAUGUUUUACCCUACGUUCCCACGAUGGUUGGUGCGAUUGUGUCCAUGGUGGACGACUGCAAAAAUCAUUUUCGACUGAAAACCAGAGACAUUUUGGAUAGACUCAUAAGAAAAUUUGGUUACGAUAUAAUUCGAUCGUUAAUACCGGGAGAAGAUGUUAUUUUGCAGAGAAGAUUGAAAAAUUUAAAAAGGAUUAACAUGAAGAAAAAAUCAAAUAAUAAAAUUGACAAGGAAGAAAAUGAUGAUGAUUUCCCCGAGGAAUUUUCUGCGAAAGCCAAACCUAAAAGCAUCGAUGAAAUAUUGGCAUCGAGUGACGAAUCAGAAGAUGAAGAAGAAGAAGAAAAGAAACAAAAUGGUCAAAAGAAGAAGAAGAAGAAGAAGAGAAAAGAUGAAUCCGAUUUGUUUAUUCAAGAAGAUGCCGAUAAUAUUGUCGACUUUAUUUCUCCAUCGGCUUCCAGUAAAAUAUCGGGAGUUCGACCGGAUAAGGAAACAAAUAAAAAAGAAAAGAAAAAGAGCGAUAUUAAAUUUACGCAAGAUGGGAGAAUGAUUAUAACCGAAGAUAUGUUGGACAAAGAAAACGAUAGGUUUUCCGUCGGUGAUGAUGAUGAUGAUGAGGACGAGGACGACGAUGAUGAUGACGAUGGUCGGUCCUACGUGGAUAACCUUUCGAAUAAAUUAGAAAAUGUCAUGUUGGGAAGAAAACGUAAAUUGAGUCUUUCAUCCGAAGUUCCAAACAAGUACCAAGCUGGAGGAUCAGGUAUUCACAGACCGAUUCACGUCGAAGGCAACAGCACGACAAAAUUGAUAAAAAUGAAGAAAAAUAAAAAAAAAUUAAAUAAAAAUCAAUUGCCCAAUUUGAAAACGGGAAAAGAAUAUCGGGCGAGAAAAGCAAAGGGAGACGUUAAAUUGAGGGGAAAACCCGAUCCGUACGCUUAUAUUCCCCUAUCCAGGAAAUUGUUGAACAGGAGGCAAAAAAUGAACAACAUUGUUAAAUCUGCUAUAAGAGGUGCUAAAAUAGGUUCGAAAUUAAAAAUGAAAAGAAAGAAAAAAUAG